AUGCAGAAGUAUGGAAAGAUGCAAAGACGAAAAAAAAAUUCGAACAAAAAGAGAAGACACGUGCGUUCAAGGAACGAGAACGCAACAAUAUUUGACGAGGAGAGACCUGAAUUAAAAGUCGUGUCUAUGACAGAAAAAUAUCGCCUUUCUGCUUCGGGAAUAUUGAAAAGAUAUUUGAGAGCACCGAGACGGAACAUGAUCAUAUCAUCGGACAGUCUAUCUUCGCUGGGCAGCGGAAUGUUUGAAACCGGCAUCAGAUACAUAAUGCUUCCAAUAGAUCUGCUGCGCUACAUAUUUAGGAAGAGUUCUUGGAUGUCCGUUGAUCCUAAGAUGAACACAAGACUUAAAGGCGGAGGAGAGAAAAUAAUAGACGGACGAGAAGAAGAGAUCGCUGUUGCAGAAUGUUCAAAUCACGCAUUUUCGCAAAUGAUGGGAAGUUCCGGAUCUGCUGAAUUGACUGCUGCCCAUGCUUUUAAUUACAGCAUCACAUCGUUCGACGAGUAUUCGGAAGAAAAGGGAAGCAAUAAUACGCAAUCUGAUGAAAACAUGAUGACAGUUCGAAACGAUUUCGAUGCCAUUGAUGAAUGGGCUACAGCCAAUAACACGAUAGAAAACUUGCUGAUAGACUACAAUGAGAUUGGCAGUGCACAGAUAUUGAAAGCGGAGCCCAUGGAUAUAACGAUAGAGGAAUGUUCUUCUAAUUUACAUUCACUAAUAGAGGUGUCACAAGGUGAUCAAGAGCUUGAAGAAAUCGAGAUUUUACGGUCGGCCACUGAUGGACAGGAAACUAGUUCGAUCAUCGAAGAAGAGAUUUCAAUAUUAUUUCAGCAAAAAUGCACUUCUUCUGACGAAAAAUUCGUAUUAUCUACUAUAUCUAAACGUCUUUUAAAUGGAGAACAGCGCUCACCAAAUUAUCUUUACAAAAAAUUAAAAGAACAUUUUUUAAAAAUGAUAGCGCAGAGAAGAAUGUUGCGAUAUGACAGAAGGGAACGAAGGAGGAAAUUGUUGAAGAUAAUUGGUACAAAAAGAAAAUAUAGCUCUACUAAAAGAGUUAAAUGCAAACAAAAAAUUUUAGACACAAUAAAGGACAGACGAUUUUACGAAAAACGAAAUAUCUGGAAAACUACUGAUAAUAAAGAUGAAUUUUCCUUUUUUAAAACGGUGGAAACAAGCGAGAAAUUAAAUAGAGAAACAGCUACAAUGAGGGAUACCGCAGUUGUUGAUGAAGAUGUUGAGAUGAAGGAUAUUAAACAACUGGCGGAAGCAGCCUGCUUGCAGCACGAAUCUCUCAACUUGAAUAUAUCUUCUCCCGAGAUUAACAGACAGGAGCAGGAGUCACAUUGCACAUCGAGUUCGAACAAUAUCAAAGGGAUUACAUAUAAUCAAAUUUCAUCAUCGACGUCAUGCUCUGCAUUGGAUUCUAGUAAAGUAGAUGAACCUUCCGUUGAAAUUGAAAACUCAAAUAUCGGGAUGGUGACGUUGCCCGUUGCACAGCGUGAAAACGUCUCCGAUAUUACGAAUAUUUUAGAAACGAAAAUCCGCCCUCCACCUGGAUUUCCGGAAGUACCAGAAAAUCCGCCAUUAUUAUGUUCCUGUUACGAUUCAGAUCAUUCUAUUUCUUCGAUCGAGAAUACUAAACCCGUCAAUAAAAUGAAAAAAAUACCGCGCGCACCUCCACCAUUGCGAUAUAUGUACUAUCAAUAUUGGGCAUUCAUGGAAUUCCCCGUAGACGACCCCGUGCACUACAAUAAAGAUGAGAUCGAUAAUUUUAAACCGUAUUAUUAUUGGUAAUGUGAGCAUUGUGAGUGUUGUUCAUUUUAAUUUGAGAUGUUAUGUUUAAAAAUUUAGUAUUUGACAAACGCAAAAUGCAAUAAAUAAAAAUAUCA